GUCUCUCAGCAUGCCAGGCUGCAGUGCUGGCAAUAUGCAGGGUGAAGUGUACGAUUCCGUUGAACUGGAAGAAGCUUACCGUUAGUGUGGGCAGUCCAGCAGGCAGGCCGUAGGUGGCACCAGAGGAACUCCUCAGUAUUACCAGACGUCGUUAUCUACCAUACCUUCCGAAUUCUCCGCAAAAUACCCCUCUGCAUCCUUCGCCAGGGGAAGGGAGCACCUCGCUCGGUCCAAAAGUCAAAGAAACAAGUGAACCAGAGUUCGCAUCAAGCAAGAAACCGCUGAAAAGUACCCGUGGAAGGAUGAGUGCGGCGCGGGGCAUGUGGCAUAAGUGUGGCUGCAGGCUUGGGGUGGGUGGCUUCGCAGACCGGGCAGGGGAGCGAGACUGGACCAACGCUCAUCGUACGGUCAACACUGCCACAGCACGCGCGCAACCCUUAUCCUCUGACGCACGUGAAGUUUGUACGAAUCGGAUUGAUGGAAAAUAAGAACAAAUGGCUGUAGCGUAGUUACGUAUUAUCUAUGGUAUGUGUUUUUCUACGAAUGUGUUUGUUUAUUUAUUCAGUAGUUAUGUUUUUUCGGAUAUGACCUUGAGUGACUCCUUUGAUGAUCCAGUAUAUAUACUGAACAAAGUAUAAAUCUUGUGUUCGACUGCUCGUGGCGAGGAAGGUUUUGAGAGUGGUUGCGGUCAUCGAACUACAGGAGUGGUGCUGUGGGGCAGAAAGUAGGCGCCGGGGGAGGUGGUUCUUGGGAGAUCAGCUUCAUUUGAGAUUUCGCCUCGAAGGACAAGCAACACUAUCAACAGAAAGGCAACAGGCACAGCAAACAAGAUGAGGACGAUCACGUGGGCGUUCGCGUGGGCGCUUCUGGCCGCGUGGGCGUGUCCGACGGGCCACGCCUCCUCGCCCAUCAGGAUCUCUGCCUACCCCUACACGGGCUUCGGCAGGAGGCUCCCCGUCGACCCGUCGGAGAAGGAGAGGCCGAGGCGCAAUGCGACCUUCGUGGUGCCCGACUCCCAAGUCGGCAUCCCGGGGAACAACACAACCGAAGAAAAGGAAGAAGAAGAACAGGCGAGAACGAACGCAGGAGGAGACGCCGAAGGAGGAACAACGCCGGGAGAAGAAGAGAGAGAGACGGAGAGAACAGAAGAGGAAGAAGGGGAGGAGCGAGAGGGACGAGAGGAGGGAGUCCUAUCCGUGAAUAGGAUGGGGAUUCCCGCGAGAGUGAGCAGGAGGAAGCUUCCCUCCCGGCCACGCGGACCCUCGCCCCGGAUAGCCAGGCCUCAGGAGGACACGACCCACCGCAACCUGCCUCGGCCGCCCUCCAUCCGCCCUCCUGCCAUUCCUGAAGCCGAUGGUUUCGGGCCGCCCUCGACGCCCUUGGGAGCAGUCCAGCCUCCGGCGCCGCCCAACGGCCUCCCGCCCUCUACUCCCCCGCCCGCUCUGAUUGGAACCACCUUCGGCCCACCUGCUAUACCCAUUCCCAUUAGCUCCCCGUCCCCUCCGCCGGGAGCCGACAGGACCCAGGUCACAGACAUCAAAUGCAUCGACACGGGGUCUGCGAGCUCCUUCAUGGCGGUCCUCAAUCUCCCCGUGGGGUACAACUCCAUUCCCGUGUUCGAGGACCGCCCUACCGUGGACCCCACCAUCAACACGGCCUGCAGGAUGAUCCCGACGCAGAUCACAAACGACAUGUUCCAGCUGGUUGUGCGGGACCUGGAGCGAUGUGGCGUCCAGCGCUGCCGUCAGCCGAAUGGCGAAACGUGGUUGUGCCUCAACCUGAGGUUCCCGCUGGUGAACGGCCUGAAGCUCCCGGAGGACGAGAUCAUCCAAAUCAAGUGUCGGCCGCAGGACAAGAUGGCCCAAGACACGCAUGUGCUGACGGUAGCCACGGCAAUGUACGCCGCUAAAGGGGCAAUCAAGCAGCCCAGCGACCCUUCGGUGUUCGAGGGCGGCCAGCAGGAGUUCAUGUGCGAGAUCGGCCUCUUCAGGAAGCUCCGCGGCACCAACCUGUUCGCCGACCAGGUCACGUCGCAGGUGGAGCUCGAGCUGGGCGAGGAGGUGCAGCUCCGCUCCAUCGUGCGCACGGGAGACGGCUGGCAGUACAGUCGGCUGACCACGAUCAUCAUCCAGAAGGUGGGCGCCCCGAGGGAGAGGUCGCUCCUGAGUGCCGCCGACCUGGUCUUCGCUGACGGCUGCAGGAACCCCACGUACAGGCUGAUCGCCCGCGAGCACCCGAAGCGAGACCCGAGGAACCCGCUCAUCAACAACUUCACCUUCAGAGUCUUCAUGUUCCAAGAUAUGGAGGUCGGAGACAACCUCAUGAUCACCGCCAACGUCAUCGGCUGCGUCGAUGCGGAGGACUGUGCGGCGGUGAACUGCGAGGGCGAACUCGGUGAGGACACCCUGGGCUUCGGCAAGAGGAAGAGGCGAGAGGUGCGUCACUUCACCUUCACCAAAAUCAUCCCCGCGUCGGAUAUCCUCGCGUCCUCGCCCCCCUACCCGCCCACGCCCACGCCCAGCCUCCGAGUCCGGCGAGCCUCACAAGCCCACCAGCCGCACAAGAACACGACGUCGUGGGAGAGGAACCUGGCCAUCAAGGUCAGAAUUCCAGAAGCGCCAGUUCGUCAGAAAUACGUCGAUUCAGAGGAAUGUCGGCUGUACCUGUUCAUCACACUGGGUGUCGCCGGCGUCUUCUGCAUCUCCUCCGUCGUGUUCGUCGUGUUCACUCUCCUCCGCGGGCGCUCGGCGUCCAAGAAGGUCGGCCAGUCCGUUCCGGUGGCGCCCGUGGCCAUGAGCCCGCCCAUGCCGCCCAAGUUCUCGUCCACAGCCUCCACGUGCUCUUCGUCCCUGCCGUCGCUGAGGGAGUCCGAGGUGAGCGCCGUCGCCUCGCCCCUCAGGGACUUCCCGGUCCCCCCCACCGUCAGGCAGCGAAAGCGCGACCUCAACGCCGAGCUCCUGAACGUGUUCGGCGGCGACCAGGCCUUCUCCUACGGCUCGCACUACCCGGGCAUGUUCAACUACUACGGCUACAUGGUGGUUCCGCGGAAGGCCUCGGAGAAGGCGGACAAGCGGUCCCUCCGCGCGCUCAAGAAGAGGCAGCGGAGGGAGCGGCUCGAGCCGACCUGCCAGUGCGCGUCGGGCCGCCGGGAGACCGACGACCGCGACGCCAACAUCUCGACCGAAAACCACAAGGCCAUCAUCCGGAUCUCGUCGUCGGAUUCGGACACCGUCCCGACGCCUUGCCUGAGCCAUCGUCCGAAACCGAUGCCGCGGAUGAAGAAAGAAAGCGAAUACGAUAACAUUUACAGCGAAAUAUCAGUAGACGAAGAGCCCACCAUGGUCUGAGGGCCGAGGGCCGUGCCGCUAGGACAAUUUGUACAUACGUGUGAAGGCGGAGGCAGGGAUUACUCGCUAGAUACGCCCGCAAGGCUCGAGUUCGAUUCCCCCGACGGCGUCUAGUGAUUGCUUCAGUAAGUCAAAUACUUUCCUCUGGGCUUUUUACGGAUGACCAAAAAUAGUCUAAUCCCCCUUUUGUCAGACAGCGAAUGUUUCGAACGGAAACCUGGUCCGACGUGCCUGCGGGACGCCAAGGAUGUUGCAGAGCAGUCGCUCCGUCGCUGAUUGUUGCAGGGGCCUGGGUCAUUUAUCUUUAGGAUUCCUAACAUGUUUAGCGUUAAGCGUAUCAGCUCCUGCAGGGUGUUGUACUGAAGUCGUUCAUUUCUUCUUUUUUUUUUAAUUGUAUUGCUGAAAUGUUUUACACAUUUUAGCGAACGGAUGCUUUUGUUAUGCACAUACGGACACACACACACACACACACACACACACACACACACACACACACACACACACACACACACACACACAC